UUUAGUGAAUUACGAGAUCAUUCAAAUUCUAUUUGUCUCUGAUUUAAAUUUCGAAGUCCAUUUGAUGUGCAGAAAGUUCGAAUCGAAAUCUACGUUUGUGAUAUUUAUUAGUUUUUAGAUAAGGUGUUUGAACGGGUUUAUCAACUUUGAAUCUUGAUACUAUAUUUUCUCCAAUCACAGUACAAGGAGAAAAAUAUAAGCUAAAAUGAAAUUCAGUAAUACUAAAUUUUAUUACGUUUUAAACCAGAACAUCAAAUAUUUAUUGCGCUUAAGUCGUGGCCAAGAAAGAUCACUCAGCUAUGUGCAAGGACAAGAGCCAGAACCAAAAGUUAGAGAAUAUUUUUAUUAUAUAGACCAUCAAGGUAUGUUAUUUUUAGAUGAUUCCAAGAUGAAAAAUUUUACAUCAUGCUUUAAAGAGAAGAAGUUUCUAGAAUUUUUCUUCAAAAGAAUCCGGAUGAAUACUACUGGAAGAUAUGCUGACGAAUUUCCGUUUGUUUCCUUAUGUGGUAGAGAAAGGAAUUACAUUAGAUGUGAUGAUCUUCCCAUUGUUUAUACACAUAUCAUUAAUAAAUGUAAUACAGAUUUUCUGACUUACGGAUAUGCUGGUGAUUUGUUGAGUACAGAAUUUAUUCCUCAACAAAUUUAUAUGUUGCCUCUGACUGGAAGGGUGUACCAUCCUGCUGAAGAUAGAUAUGGGGGGAUUGGGCUUAUUAAAUCUAAACUUGCUAUAGAAUUAAGUAAAAACUUUGAAUUCCAAAAUGGGGAGGCGCAACCACCAACACACUUUGUGUGGAAGAAUAAUAAAUAUGAGCUAGAUCAAGAUUGGUUUCAGGAAAAAAUAAAGCAAUACAAUUUAAAAAUAAACACCACUAUUUCUGAUUAACAUUUUAUUACUUUAUAUUAAGAUAAUUUGUAGAUAAUAAUAAUAAGAUACAUCAGGUAUGUACUGUGAUUACAUAACAUUAAUUAAAUGAAGA